CCACUUAAUCUCUCUAUAUAUUUGGAGCAUCCAGAUGCAUCAUAGGGUUAGGGUUUUACUCAGUGGCGGUUGCCUCUUAUAAUCUUCACCUUCGAAGCUCAAGAAACCCUCGUCGCCGUCGAAGAAACUCGUCUCUGCAACCAUGGGGAAGACACGUGGUAUGGGAGCUGCCCGCAAACUGAAGUCCCACAGAAGAAGGCAAAGGUGGGCUGACAAGGCAUACAAGAAAUCCCAUCUUGGUAAUGAAUGGAAGAAGCCAUUUGCUGGCUCUUCCCAUGCCAAAGGCAUUGUUCUUGAGAAGAUCGGUAUUGAGGCCAAGCAGCCUAACUCUGCUAUCAGAAAAUGUGCUAGAGUUCAACUGAUUAAAAAUGGAAAGAAGAUUGCUGCUUUUGUACCAAACGAUGGUUGCUUAAACUAUAUUGAGGAGAAUGAUGAGGUUUUGAUUGCUGGAUUUGGACGAAAGGGUCAUGCAGUCGGAGAUAUUCCUGGAGUUAGGUUUAAGGUUGUGAAGGUCUCUGGUGUCUCUCUUCUCGCACUCUUCAAGGAGAAGAAGGAAAAACCAAGAUCUUAAGUUUGCUAUGGAGAGUUUAUCUACUGUUAUAGUUUAUUGCUAGUUCUUUUUGCGGUACUGGGAAUGUUUCUCUAUGUUUUUAAGUGGAUCUGUUGAAAACGAUUUUUAUCUUUCUAGUUAUUGUACUGAAUCUCUCUGAUUUCAAUUUUUGUUCAAGAUUACAUGUUCUAGUUAA